UUGGAAGGCCUAGAUUGUCGGAUCUGUCAGACACUGCCUAAGAGUUGAACCUCUUGCCUAACAAGAAGCAAAACAUGGCUCCAAAUAUGACAGAGGAAGAGAUAGCAAGGCAGAAGGCAAUCGAUGACUGGCUUCCAAUCACUGCUUCCAGGAAUGCCAAAUGGUGGUACUCGGCUUUCCACAAUGUCACUGCCAUGGUCGGUGCCGGUGUUCUCAGCCUGCCUUAUGCCAUGUCACUCCUAGGAUGGGGUCCUGGUGUCACUGUCCUUAUUUUGUCAUGGAUCAUCACCUUCUACACUCUAUGGCAAAUGGUUGAGAUGCACGAAAUGGUUCCGGGUAAGCGGUUUGAUAGGUACCAUGAGCUUGGUCAGCAUGCCUUUGGUGAAAAGCUUGGACUUUGGAUUGUGGUGCCUCAACAGCUAGUUGUUGAAAUUAGUACAGACAUUGUGUACAUGGUCACAGGAGGGAGAUCAUUGCAGAAGUUCCAUGAACUAGUUUGCCCCAAUUGCAAAUCUAUCAGGACCACUUACUUCAUCAUGAUUUUCGCUUCUGUGCACUUUGUUCUAUCUCAUCUCCCCAACUUCAACUCUAUUUCCGGUAUCUCACUGGCUGCAGCAGUCAUGUCCUUAACUUACUCCACUAUUGCUUGGGCAGCUUCUGCUGCAAAGGGUGUUGAACCAGAUGUGGACUACGGUUACUCAGCCAAAAGCGCAGUCGGAAUUACUUUUAACUUCUUCACCGCCUUGGGAGAUGUAGCAUUUGCCUAUGCUGGUCACAAUGUGGUUUUGGAAAUCCAAGCAACAAUCCCUUCUACUCCAGAGAAACCUUCAAAGGGCCCCAUGUGGAAAGGAGUGGUUGUUGCAUAUAUCGUUGUGGCCAUUUGCUACUUCCCUGUUGCUCUGAUCGGGUACUGGAUGUUUGGAAAUUCUGUUGAUGACAACAUCCUCUUGACACUAGAGAAACCUCGUUGGCUUAUUGCAGCAGCUAACAUGUUUGUUGUUAUCCAUGUCAUUGGAAGCUACCAGAUAUAUGCUAUACCAGUGUUUGACAUGAUGGAAACUUUUCUGGUGAAGAAAUUGAAGUUCAAACCAUCUUUCACACUCCGAUUUAUCACUCGCAAUGUAUAUGUUGCGUUUACAAUGAUGGUCGGGAUAAUAAUCCCUUUCUUCGGUGGUCUCCUUGGUUUCUUUGGAGGACUUGUUUUGGCCCCAACAACAUACUUUCUCCCCUGCAUCAUUUGGCUCAUCAUCUAUAAACCCAGACCUUUCAGCAUAACUUGGAUGGCCAAUUGGAUCUGCAUUGUGCUUGGUGUGGCAUUGAUGAUUGUAGCACCUAUUGGGGGACUAAGGACUAUCAUCCUUAGAGCCAAGGAGUACGAGUUCUUCUCAUGAACUAAAAUUGGCAUUAGUUCAGAAUCAGAUGAUGGCGAUGAAAAUUAUAUGAAUAUCUACCUGUCUAGAUUUGCU